GGAGAUGGUAGCUCGGGAUAUCUUCAACCGGUUUGGAUGGCGGUCAUGUAAUAGGAUAGGCAAUUAGUUUACCUAUCUAUCUCUUUGCUAGCCGGUUGUGGCGUCCUUUAUUUGGCUAGUUUGUCUUCUAGCCUUUUUGGCUCUGUGUGAGCUCUUUUUUAUUUUUAUUUGGAGACUUUAAGACCUUGUUGAAACCUAUUUAUUUGUUUAAUAAGAGGGCUGUAUGCGUCGUUAUGAUGCAGAGGCCGGGGAGUCCCUUUUUUGAAAAAAGAAAAUUUUAAGUAGCCCAUGUGCAUGUUCACAAUUGGACAGAAGCAAGGGACUGGAGUGACAAGUCAUGUCUCCUUUUCUUUUAUCACUUCUCUGAUGCUUACCACCCACCUCUAUAUAUAGUUAUAUACGCCUCCAUCCUUUUUAAUCUCCACAUCCAAAGUUCUAACGAACUCGAAAGAAAAAUCUCACUUUCCCACACUACACAACCGCAAAGAAACCAUGGGCGCGAAGGUUUCCAGCAGUUCCAACCACCGAGGCAGCCUGUCGGAGCAGGCACACCAGCCGGCGUCCGUCAGGGUCAUCGCCGCCGACGGCUCGCUGAAGGAGCUCCCUGCCACUCCCAGUGUCGCCGUCUCCGACGUUCUCGCCGGCGAGGCCGCCUCCUUCUUCGUGUGCAACUCCGACGCGCUCUACUUCAACGAGCCCCCACCGGCGCUGGCCUCCGAUGAGCUGCUCCGGCCGGGACAAAAAUAUUUCCUGCUCCCGGCGGCGGUUCUCGGACGGCCUCUCUCGAGCGCCGACAUGGCCGCGCUGGCCGUGCGCGCGAGCGCAGCAAUCGCGGGCGCCAAAAGGCCUGAGCGGCGCGGCGGCAAGAAGAACCUGCGCGUCGUGCCGGUGCGCGAGGAGGUGGAAGACUGCCAGGACGUCAUGUUCAACGAGAAGCUUAACGAGCGGACCCUCGGGGAGUUCGCGGUGUCGCUGAGUCCGGCGAAGAAGAGCAACGGGAAGCUCGCCGCGCGGUCGCGGCUGAGGCUGAAGCGGGCUCUGAGCAUCAUACAGGAGGCUGCUGACUGACCGAAGCAUUUCUUCCAAGAGAAAGACAGCGCUUUUGAUUUUCGUUCCUCCAAUUUUUGGAACCAUUCUUAAUUCCUGAGGCCCAACGGUCUAAGCCUAAGUCAAUAGUAAUAAACUGAUUUUUGUAGAUUUAGGGGGGAAAGAGAUUGUAAAUAUCUCCCGGUGGCAAAAGCUACCAUGAAUGCCAAAAACUGAUUCUUGAGUUGUUACCUACUAAUCUGCAUGGUAUUUUGUUUA